AUCUCUCUCGGGCCAGCCUCUGUCUCAGAGUUCCCAUCCCAGGUUCUUCUGCGAAAGAGCUCAAUGCGCAGAAGCCAAUCGUGUGUUUGAAAUGGCGGAGUACAGUGAAAAAUGUGGUGAGGAUUGUUCUUUCGAUUACAGCGAGGAUAAUCAGAAAGGUGUCUGUCUGAUUAAAGAGGAGUUCGUCAUAGGAGACCACGUCAGACUGUUGACUGAGGAAUGUUUGACCAGUACUGAUAAACAAAAGGUUUCAAAUAAUGUCGUCAAUGCAAACGAUGAUGCGUCUGGCGAAGAGCCACCCACAAAGAAGUUUAAAAACGAUGAUAAGAAGGAGAAACUCAAGGGGCAAAACAAAGCGAGACCACUGCCGUUCAAAGCACAACGCGAGCUGAACCUUUGUCCAUGGAUAGCUGACCAAGCAGUCGGCGAACCUGAGAAGAUAUGUGACAACAAACGGUGUACCUUCUUGCACGACAGAGUUGAAUAUUUGAAAAUCAAGCCAGAAGAUAUCGCAGAUGAAUGUUAUCUGUUUGAACUGACUGGCAGAUGCCCCAGGGGUACAGCUUGUAGAAUGGGUGCUAAACAUUUAACAGAAGAAGGUUUUAACCUCGUGGAUAAGGACAAGUAUGAGGAAUUUAAGAAGAGGCCUGCCUCUACUAGGAAUCACUUAACGAAGGAGAUACAGGUUCAGUUGAGGAAACACAAAUACAAUUUCUCGAAAGCAGAGAAAAUUGUCGAGGCGAACGAACCAUCGAGAAAGAAAUCAGAAGCUCUGCAAAAGAUAAAGGAUACUUCCAGUAAUGAGAAAAAUGGUUCUGAGUUGAUAAAAACCGUGGAACAAAAGAUCGGUCCUGUCGAGGAUUACGAUUUAAUAAAAUGCAGGGAGUCUGAGAAGAAGAGAAUAGACUGGAAGGACAAGAUAUUGUUGAGCCCUUUGACAACCGUCGGCAACCUACCGUUCAGAAGAAUUUGCAAGGAAUACGGGGCGGAUAUAACAUGCGGCGAAAUGGCUCUAGCGCCAAGGAUAUUGAAAGGAGCCCACGAGGAAUGGGCGCUCGUCAAACGGCACGAAUCAGAAGACGUCUUUGGCGUGCAACUCUGUGGCAAUAAUCCCGGAGUGUUAACGCGGUGCGCGCAGCUUUUGAACGAGAAAAUCGAUGUGGAUUUCAUCGAUCUGAACCUCGGCUGUCCAAUAGAUCUCAUUUAUAGGCAAGGCGGAGGCAGCGGCAUGCUGAAUCGGUUGCACGUAUUGGAGACUGUGAUAAAAUCCGUCAGCCAAGCGAUGGACAUCCCUCUGACUGUAAAAACUAGGACGGGCGUUUACAUAGACAAGCCCAUCGCGCACACUUUGAUGCCGAAGUUCCGCGAGUGGGGCGUCUCCAUGAUUACUGUUCACGGUAGAUCGCGCGAGCAAAGGUAUACGAAGCUGGCCGACUGGGAUUACAUAGACAAGUGCGCGAAAACGGCGCAUCCGGUUCCAGUGUUCGGUAACGGGGACGUUUUGUCGUUCGACGAUUACCAGAGAGUCCGCACCGCGUACACCUCCGUUUACGGUACUACUAUCGGCCGUGGCGCAUUGAUAAAACCGUGGAUAUUCACGGAGAUCAAGGAGAAGAAGCUGCUCGAUAUAUCCAGCGCAGAGAGGUUUGAGAUACUACGGAAGUACUCGAGGUACGGCUUGGAACACUGGGGUUCGGACACUCGCGGCGUCGAGACGACAAGGAGAUUCAUGCUGGAAUGGAUCUCUUUCUUGCACAGGUAUAUUCCUGUUGGGAUACUGGAGAGACCUCCGCAAAGGAUCAACGAGAGGCCGCCGUUUUAUAGAGGACGCGAUGACAUGGAAACGCUUAUGGCCAGUUCAAACUGCGCGGACUGGAUCAAAAUAUCGGAAAUGUUGCUGGGAAAAGUGCCUGAAGGAUUCCACUUCCUACCGAAGCACAAGGCGAACUCGUGGAAAUAAUUAUAUGUAACAAGUAAAGAUAAUUUUAUAUCGCAGCAUUUUUUUCUCCCUUGAAUAAACCUACGGCAGUUGAGAUUUAUUUCCUUUUUCGAGAACCACACAGAGACGCAGGCGAAAUAAAUGAAAGUUAGGAUACAGAAUAAAUGAGAUAUAGAGAUUA